AUGGGUAAGAUUAGAGCUUUGGACCCCUCAGUGGUGAACAAAAUUGCCGCUGGUGAGAUUAUUAUCUCACCAGUUAAUGCCCUUAAAGAAAUCUUGGAAAACUCGAUAGAUGCAGGUGCCACAAUGCUGGAAAUUUUGGUUAGAGAUGGUGGUAUCAAACUGUUGCAAGUGAGCGAUAAUGGAUGUGGUAUUCAAUUGGAUGAUUUACCUUUGCUAUGUGAGAGAUUUGCCACAUCAAAGCUUACAAACUUCCAGGAUCUGGAGAAUAUUGCUACCUAUGGUUUUAGAGGUGAGGCUCUGGCAUCCAUAUCUCAUAUUGCCAGACUUUCAGUUACUACAAAGACGAAUGAUGAGCAAUGUGCUUAUAAGGUUAGCUAUAACGAGGGAAAAAUGGUGGAUAAACCCAAGCCAGUUGCUGGUAAGAAUGGGACAAGCAUACAUGUGGAAGACCUCUUUUACAACAUACCAUCCAGACUACGGGCCUUAAAAACCCCAAAUGAGGAAUUUACGAGGAUUCUGGAUGUUGUAGGAAGAUAUGGUAUACAUUCUAAAGGAAUUGGCUUUUCAUGUAAAAAGUUUGGUGACUCUAGCUAUUCUAUUACAUUAAAACCUGAUUUUACAACCAUUGAUAGAAUAAGAUCAAUAUACGGAAAUAACGUUGCUACUAGUAUUAUAGGAUUUGAAAUGGACUCCAACGAAAAUCUAGGACUUACAAAAGUCAGCGGCUAUAUUAGCACAUCCAACCUGAAUAACAAAAAAUCUGUACAACCGAUAUUUUUCAUAAAUGAUAGAUUGGUUACUUGUGACCCAUUAAGGAGGGCCAUAUACAAUACUUAUACGAAUUACUUGCCUAAAGGUACGAGACCCUUCAUUUAUUUGAGUAUAAAUAUCAGUCCACCAUCGGUAGAUGUUAAUGUUCACCCAACAAAGAGAGAAGUGAGAUUUCUACACCAAGAUGAAAUAAUAGAUGAAAUAACAACAUCCAUUAAUGAUCAACUGUCUAAAUUGGACACAACUAGAACUUUUAAUAGAGGAGUCAUGAUGUCCAAACCGUUAACUGACAACUCCAGUACGAAAUACAGCCAAGCCGCGACACCUACAACCACACACCCUAUGAAUUCAAGUCAAACCUCUCAACGUAGAUAUGAAAACAAGCUUGUAAGAGUUGAUUCUUCUCAAGCUAAGAUAACCUCAUUCCUGAAAUCUAGCCAAUAUAAUUCUGCUGAAUACAUCAGUGCUUCACAGCAUAUAGGUAAACAAUCCAAUACUGCAAGCGAUAAUAAUAAAGAUAAAGCUACACCGAUUGAUCUCAAUGAUGAUGUCAACAUAACACGCGCUCAAAGUUUGCAGGAUGAGAGCCAAUCCAAUACAUAUUCUAUGCUAUCAAAGGAAAGAGUGACAGUUAAUUUAACCAGUAUUGAAUCACUUCGAAACCAGGUGGAUAUGUCUGCUCAUAAAGAACUAACUGAAAUUUUUGCUGGCUCAAAUUAUAUUGGCAUUGUUGACUAUUAUAAAAGAUUACUUACAAUUCAGUUCGAUUUGAAGCUUUUCUUAGUGGAUUAUGGAGCGAUUUGUAAUGAGUUGUUCUACCAAAUCGGUCUUACUGAUUUUGCUAACUUUGGAACGAUACAGCUUCAAACACAAGAUACUGAACAGCUAUCUAUAAGAAACAUAUUAAAGACUUUGAAUUUGGCUGAAACUAAGAUUGAUGAAAUAUCCUCACAAUUAGUUGAAAUGAAAGAAAUGCUGUGGGAAUAUUUCUCAAUAGAAAUUAUCGAAAAUGAGUCACAUGUAGCUUUCUUAAAGACAAUUCCUCUAUUACUCAAGGGUUACACACCUUCACUUUCUAAAUUACCCUUAUUUAUUUACCGGUUAGGGACAAUUGUUAAUUGGAACUCUGAACAGGAGUGCCUUGACGGAAUUUUAAAGCAAAUCGCUCUUUUCUAUAUCCCAGAAAUAAUUAUGGAAGUGAGUAGCAGUUCAGAGAGUCCAAAAGGGGAAAAGCACUCGAAUACGGAAAAUGCACACAAAAAAGAGGAAUUAUCAGAGAAAAUCGAACAUGUCAUAUACCCCUGUCUGAAGAGGAGAUUUUUAGCACCGUCUUCAAUAGUGGAUGAUGUUAUCGAAAUUGCCAAUCUUCCAGGCCUUUACAAGGUAUUCGAGAGAUGCUGA